UUCCUCUGAUGGGCUAGCCUCUUGUCUCUACACGGGCACAAAGCCGAAGAACACUUACACGGGCACUGAAGAGCUCUUCCGCUAAACGAGUUGAAGGACAGGCAGCUCGCCCAACCGAGAAGCCGGGCUGCGGCAGCUUCCGCUAUUGCUUCUGACUUCCGUUUUCUUCCCCGCCUUUUCCGCUUCCUGCAGAGCCCGGUCGUCUUUGGUCCGACCAGCUAGCUGUUUGAGAGGCGAUCGGGCCUCCGAGCUCUAUGGCCGCCGGGGGGUCUGUGAAGGCGGCGUUGCAGGUGGCCGAGGUGCUGGAAACCAUUGUGAGCCGCUGCGUGGGCCCCGAGGGGCGGCAGGUUGUGUGUACGAAGCCGACCGGCGAGGUGCUGCUCAGCCGGGAUGGAGGCCGCCUGCUGCUGGCGCUGCACUUAGAGCAUCCAGUCGCCAGGAUGAUAGUGGCAUGUGUUUCCAGUCAUCUCAAAAAAGCAGGAGAUGGUGCUAAAACAUUUAUUGUCUUUCUUUGCCAUUUGCUCAGAGGACUUCGUGCCAUCACAGCCAAAGAGAAGCAUGGUUUGAUAUCUGAAACUAUGCAGACCCUUGGAAGGCACUGGAAAAAUUGUUGUCAGUGGAAACUUAUUUCCCAAUGUCUUUUAACAUUUCAGACACGUGUGUUAGACCGUCUUAUGGACCAAUGCUUGAGAAGACACUUUCUGUCCAUCUUUUCUUCAUCCGCUAAUGGGAGAACAUUGUGUAGGAGCUCCUUAGAGAUGCUCUUAACUGCUUACUUUUGUGGAAGGGUGGGAAAAAACCAUCACAAGUUUGUUUCUCAGUUGAUGUGUAACUACUUUUUCAAGUGUAUAACUUGCACGAGUGGAAUUGAAGUGUUUGAAUUGAUGGAUGAGUGUUUUGUAGAGUUGAAUGUUGGUGUCACUGGCCUUCCUGUGUCAGAGUCUAAGAUCAUAGGAGGGCUGUUGCUUCCCAGAGAUUUUUCUGUGUACUGCCCAGCAGAUGGGGACGUAAGAAUAGUCCUAGUAACAGAAACCAUUCACUUUCCUCUUGCAAGUAGUGGAUCUGAGUUUGUUCUAAAUUCAGAAGCACAAUUGCAGACUUCUCAAUUUUGGGUGAUGGAAAGAACCAAGGCAAUAAUGGAACAGCUACAUGGUCAGAAUGUAAAAUUGCUCCUGUCUAGUGUGAAGCAAUCAGAAUUAGUUUCGUAUUAUGCAGCACUAAAUGGUAUAUCUGUGGUAGAGUGUUUAUCAGCAGAAGAAGUUUGCCUCAUCCAGAGGAUCACUCAUCUUUCUCCAUUUGUACCACAGGCCUCCUCUCAGUGUGACAUUCCUGACACUGCUUUGGCGACAUUUUGUAAACCCCUCAUCCUUAGAUCCAAAAGGUAUGUGCAUCUUGGCUUGGUCAGCAGGGGUGCAUUUAUACCGCACUGUGUAGUUCUUUGUGGGCCAGUGCAGGGUCUUAUUGAGCAACACGAGCAUGCUUUACAUGGAGCGUGGAAAAUGCUUCAGCAGUUAUAUAAAGAGCACAACCUAAGUUACAUUACAUGUGCCAGUGGCCAAAACGACCCAUCAGGUCCUUCUGUCAUUGAAAAUAGGAGAGAAAGUCCUGGAAAUGAGUCAAUACAAAGACCACAUCAGGACACAAUUGUGAAGGAUAAAGCUGAAUUGAAAAACACACAAACAUAUUUACAAGUGUGUUCAAAUUUGACAGUUUCAGAUGUAGAAUUAGAAACUUGUAUUCCAUGUUCAAAGCCAGAACUGAGAGCAGCAGAUACUUUGCAAACAUGUGAAACACUGAGACAUUUGUCUCCUGGGGAAUACAGUGUCACUGAAGACACUACCCUAUUGAUGAAGACUAAUUCCACUUCUAGUCCAACAGAAAACAUGAGGACAGAAAUAGUUUAUGAAAAUGUAGAGUUCACAGAAAUUACUGGAAACCAGAGCAUGAUGUCCUUGAGAUAUAACCCACUGGAUGUGGGUACUUGUGGGAGCUGCUAUUGGUCUUCGAUACCAGCAGGUUGUGUUCUGCCAGUGGGUGGUAAUUUUGAAAUCUUGUUGCAUUACUAUCUAACCAAAUAUGCCAAAAAAUGCCAACCAUCAGAAGAAACUGUGGUUAGUAUGUUAAUAGCUAAUGCACUUCUAGGUCUUCCCCAAAUCCUUUGUAAGUCCAAGAAAGGAAAAUAUAGCUUUCCACAAAUGUAUCUAAGAGCUCUUCAUGCACUGGAAACUGAUCAACCCUUGGUAGACGAUCAGACAGGUUUGGAAUCAGUGAUAGGUAAAUACCAAUUACUAACAUCAGUUCUCCAGUGUUUGACAAAAAUAUUAACCAUUGAUUUGAUAAUCAGUAUUAAGAGGCAGCCUCAGGAAGUUCAUGAUCAAGAUUCAGAAGAUGAACUCUAACAGAAAUUUUACUUUUUAAACCAUAAAGUAAAGCAGGUGUGUGGCUACUAGGUCUCAGGUCAACCAAGUCUUCUUGGGAAAGCCUCAUAGCUAUAAAUGAAUUCAGAAGUACACUAGGCCCCCAGAGCAUUCAGACAAAAAUAUUAGGUGCUUUAUGAAAGUAUGCUGAGCUGGGAGAGGGACUGGGGUAGGGAGGCCAAGAUCUGCCCAGAGCUGUCAAAUCCCCGUUUAUAUCUGUCUUAACUCUGUAUCAAUCUGUAUGUCUAGGGGAAAAUAAUUCCUUUUUAGCUCUUUUCUGCAUUGUUGUAAUUUUUUCCUUCUCAUUCCUUUUUUCUGUAUUUGGUGCAUAGGAUCAUUUACCCCAGAUUUGAAUGGGUUCUUCAAAUGUUGUGGUUUACAAUAUAAAUAUAUUAUUUGCUUCAUUUGUAACAACUUUUCCCUGUUGUGGUAUGUAAGGUGAAUAAAAGUCUUUUUUUCCAAAAAGCAUUCGGACCCAUUUUACUUUUAUGUAGCUCUUAAUUUAUUUCCAUUUUAUUUGGAACAACUUGGGUAGAGUUUUACUAUCCAUAUAUCAUUGAAUACAUGUUACCAGAAGUAAGACUACAGUGAAUUAAUUUUUGUGGUUAAAAGUUAAUACCAGAAAGAACAUGAAAUUCAUACUUGGUUUUUUCCUGGCUCCUAAAGACUUGCAAAGAUAUUUUGUGUACUUAACUGAUUUUGACUAUAUUUCAUACGUAGACUUCAAUAAUGGUUUCUAAUGUAAAUACAAAUGUUUGCUUUAUUUAAAAGCUUGUAAAUGCAAGUAAUAACUGCAUCCACCAUUGGAUGUGGACAGUUUCAUCAACUCUUAGGAAUUCACUGUAACUUUCAACACAGUUCUACAUAUAUAACAAGUAUUGAGAAGUGGUUAUUGAAUAAAGCAGCAAUAUUAUCUAACUCAUUCUUCUAGUAUGUGUUUCACAACGUUCUUAUUGAACAAAUUCUUACUGAGUGCUUGCUGUGUGCCGGAUGCUGGAUGUGCUGUAUCUUUAUGCAUUUCCCCUCAAAAGUUUGUAGAUAGAAAGGUCAACACUGCUUGGGUCAGGAAUAAAUGUAGGAAAACUGAAGCAAAGAAGCAUUACAGUUGAAUAAGUAGUGGUUUGAUGUGUUAAAAAAUCUUAACAUCCUGUCCUUUAAGAUGUCAUGGUGUUUUGUACUGAUUUCUCUUUCCAAAAGGUUUCUAACUGUAUUUCUUGCACUGAAAUUAUAGGAAAGCCAAAAAUGCUGUAGAGGUU